AUGCAAUGCAUUAAAGAAGAUAUUGGAAAGUUUGAUGUAAAUGUGAUAGUUGUGGUUUGGACAGAGGGAGAGAACGAUUACUACUACACUCGUGUUGUGGGUGCUGUUACUGCCAACAUGAUUAAACUAUUACAGAUGUCCAGUGGUUUGACGUUGAACAAUGUACAUUUAGUUGGACACAGUCUAGGUGCCCAUGUUGCUGGUUAUGUUGGAGAAAUAAUAAAGGGCGUGGGUAGAAUAACAGGUCUAGACCCUGCGGGUCCGGCAUUUUAUAUUGCAAAUGGUAAAGUGAGAUUGGAUUCUUCUGAUGCCACAUUUGUUGACGUCAUACACACAGACUUAGUAGCAAUAGAACCUAUAUACAGUUGUGCACACAUGAAGGCAAUUUACUACUUCAUUGAAUCUGUAAAUCCAGACUGCAAGUUUUCCUCCCAACUAUGUCAAAAUUGGAAAAAUUUUAAGGACGGAAAUGGUGAAAAUGGUGGAAGUGGCCACAAAGAGAUGGGAUACAACUUGGCAUACGAUGCAUAUGGAAAGUACUACCUGAGAACAGGCCGGAAAUAUCCCUAUUGUGAUAAUGGACAAUAA